CGGCGGCGGAAGGGACCACUGAGGCCGCGGGGGAGCCGGCGGCGCGGGGCGGGGCUCCCGCCCGCAGCGCCCGCGGCCGCAGGCGCGCUCCCCCCUCAGCCGGCUCCGCGAGGUGGUUCGCUCCGGCCGCGGCGCUCGCCGGUUCCGGGCUGGGGCGCGGGGAGCGGGAGGCGCGCACCGGCUGGCCCUGGCCCUGGCCCCGCGGGCGGCGCCGCGAUGCUGCCGCUGCUCGUGCCGCUGAUGGGCCUGGCGCUCGCCUACUUCGCGCUGCUGGACGGCUGGUACCUGCUGCGCGUGCCGUGCGCCGUGCUGCGCGCGCGCCUGCUGCGGCCGCGCGUGCGGGACCUGCUGGCCGAGCAGCGCUACUCGGGCCGCGUGCUGCCCUCGGACCUGGACCUGCUGCUGCACAUGAACAACGCGCGCUACCUGCGCGAGGCCGACAUGGCGCGCGCCGCGCACCUGGCCCGCUGCGGGGUGCUGGGGGCGCUGCGCACGCUCGGGGCGCGCGCCGUGAUGGCCGCCUCCUGCGCGCGCUACCGCCGCUCGCUGCGCCUGCUCGAGCCCUUCGAGGUGCGCACCCGCCUGCUGGGCUGGGACGACCGCGCCUUCUACCUGGAGGCGCGCUUCGUCAGCCUGCGCGACGGCUUCCUGUGCGCGCUGCUGCGCUCCCGCCAGCACGUGCUGGGCGCCUCGCCGGAGCGCGUGGUGCAGCACCUGUGCAAGCGCAGGGUGGAGCCGCCCGAGCUGCCGGAGGACCUGCAGCACUGGGUGGCCUACAACGAGGCCAGCAGCCGGCUGCUCCGGGCCGAGAGCGGGCUCGGCGAAGACGUGGUCAAGGACCAGUGACCGGCCUUGCCCUCCGCCCCCGCCCUCCGGCCACUACCGAGACCACCGCCCCCGCCUGCGGACACACACCAGCCCACCCCUUCACUCGCUCGGCCGUCCCCCACCCCACAUUGAGCCCCAGUGAGCCUCCCGCUGAGCAUGGGCCCUGGCCUGUCUGUCCACCGGGCGGAGGGGUGAGUGGAGAGGGAGGCCCAGGGUCCUCGGCAUUGGGACUGGGUGGGGUGCCAGGCCUCGGAGCUCAGGGACCACCGGCAGCUGUGCUGGCACCCGUGGGAGACAGUGGGGGAGGGGCAGGGCCG